GUUAUCGACGAAAGCUUUACUCAGUUACAGCUCCUGCUCUUUUUGCUGCUGGGAUGGUAGCGCCUGAUAAAUAUGAUCCCAUGUCAUGACUUUGAGCUGGAGCUAGCUGAGAUGAAAGAUGGACGCUUACCCAUCAGAAUAAGAUCCCAGAUAACAAGAUUUACCAAAGGAACUAUCAAAUUUUGAUCAGUAUGACCGGUAUACCUUGAAGGCUAGAUUGGAAGAAUGCCUCGCUUUUUCAACACAUACUCUAGACUAAAGCCUGUCUCCAAGAAGGCUGAUGUUGAUGCAUUUUCUGAACUGCAAAUAAGUAGAGCUGCAAAACGGAAAGACAAAGUGACUGCCCUCAAGUCCAUUGCAGAAAGUGAGACUGGUGAUCUGGAUAAAGAAGAAUUGGCUGAUACAUUUGAAUCAAAAGUCACAAUGAAGAUUUUGCCAAAACCUGUCUCACGAAAGUCAUCACGAAGGAAACCAACUCCUUUGAAAGUAGAAGGAAAGGGAUUGGGCAUGAGAUACAGAAAACAGUACUCUCCAAUGGCUAGAACUUCCCCUAAUGAAGAUACAAGUGAUGAUAUUGACGACUCCAUUCUUUACCUCUCGGAUUUCUUGGAGGAAAGUACAACUUUGUCUGAUGGAGAGACAACCCUUACAGAUGCAGAGACCCGUGAUGACUCCAUCAGUGACUACUCUGAUAUUGAGCUUCCUAGAGAUUUACCAGAGCAAAAGAGAAAAUCAAGCACGGUAUCAAGCAGAAUUCUGAAAUUGUCACAGAUGUCUAAUAGGAAAUCUCAUUCAAAGUCUCAUUCAAAAGGUGAACAAAAUUUAUCAAAGAUAGGAAAGAAAGCUCAGAUGACUACAACAUCAGUGUACAGCCUUUUGAGUGAUGAAAGUAGCUCUAGCCUUGUUGGAUCUCCUUUGAAGAAACUAGCAGGGAAUGAGACUAAGCUUAAAAUUGCUGGAAAGAAAGUAUCACUUGCGAAGAAAAGUCCAACCAAGAUUAAACAUUCACAUCAUGAAGACAAUGGUGAAUCAUCUGCAAAGGAUGGAAAGAAGCAAGUUUCAUUCCAGCUGAAAGUCAAUCAAGAACUGGAAGAUGCCGACAUGAGCACUCCUUUUAAUGUUUCCCUCCCUCAUCGUUCUGCUUCUAAUAGCAUUCUGAAAAAGACAUCUGCAAUAGAACCCAGUAUUGUGGGUCCUGGUGAGACUGUCAGGGCAACCAGUACACCCCAGAAGUCAAGCAGACAUUCCAGGAAGGCCCAUGGGUGCCAUAUCAUGGAUCUUUCUUUUGAUGUAUCUGCUGUAUCUCUGCCUCCGGAUCAUGAUCUAGUGAUAACACACAAACCAAAGAAACCUGAAAAGAAUCAGGAGGUGAAGCAAACUCAAAAGUUGUCAGAAGGACCUGGAGAAACAACAGAGAAGUUGCUAGAUUUUGAGCCGAUGUGUCUACAGGCAUCUCAGCACUUGGAUUUGGGGGCAGAGACACCAGUGAAAGAUGAGAAGAGGAGAGUGAAUGAAAUGACCCCUUCUGCCCAACUGAAACGUCACAGUCCUGAAGCUGGGACACCUUCUAAGCAGCUCCCAAAGAAAUCAAGGAUCUUGAAGCAUGCUGGAGAUGCAGGCCUUGGUAAUAGAAAGCGUCUCAACUACCAACACCUUGAAUCAUCAGAACCCACUCCAGAGUGUAUCAUUACUACAUUGCCAUUUCAAGGAUACAAUAUCCAUUCAUCCAUUGCACAGAUACCAACACUGCAGAGCAAGAUUGACAUCAGGCACAUCAGGCAACACCCUCAAGAUAUACUGGAGACCAUUCCUGACAGAACAUUUCUGCAUCUGAAAUCUGCCAUCGGUAGUCACAGUUAAAUACUUUUUCUUUGGCAUCAAGUAAAAAAUGGAAUGAUUGAGUUCAGAUUUGAUGUACCUUCUGAACAUCAUUUGAGUUAUCACUUUCUCAGUAAUAUUGCUGAAAACAGUAAUCAACGGUAAUUUUUAUCAGUAUAAUAUUAAUGAUUUCUAUAACUCAGCCUUUGGUGAAUGAAGGAUUUUGUUUUUUGUUUUAUAUUUUUAAUGGAAAUUCUCUAUUGAUUUUGAUAUACUACCAGGAAGUAGAGUAUACAAGUAUGAGUAUCAGUUUAUCCUAACCCUUUUUCCAUUCAAGGAAGAGAUCGCCCAGAAUGUUCGGAAGGCUACUGUAACAUUUUGUACUGUAUUAUCAUUGCGAUACAUUAUACUUCAAUUUAAAGCUGCUAAGAGGCUCUUGUUUAUACAAUGACUUCACUAUUUUUUGAAGCACUUGGAUAGUCUAAUUAUCUAUUAUUAAUCUAUUUUUAUAGUGAAAGUUCCCCUGAUAUUUGGUGUAAAUUAAGCAUCAAAACGAGAGCAUUUCAGUGAAGGUUUAGUGUCACAUGCGAGAUGCUCCUCCAUAUGCUCUGUGUUAUAAACUCCAUCAAUUUCAGUUCUUACGGUUCAUGAAUCAAUAUAAAAAUAAUUGAAGCCUAUAUGAAAUUAAUUUGUCUGUUAUAUUAAACAAAACAGAUUAAUAUAAGAGACUUAACCUCUUUAUCUUUUAAUUGAUGAAAAAAUAUAAACAAUUAAUUUUUGAAAAUUUUACUCUUUAGUCUUAUAGUUCACAUCGGGCUCUUCUUGUGUGCAAAUUUCAAAUUUUCAGCGGCUGAGAUAUGAGGUAUAUCCUGGUCUGAAUUUGAAAUAGCCCAGUUAAAUUUGGGUCAAUUUCAGGGCUUCAUUUUGAAGACAGUAAUAAGCAUUUAGGACUAUUGCAACUCAGAUUUCAUCAAGCCUCUCCAGUUAUCUUGAAUACCACCUAUACAACAAUUGAAGGUGCUGCCAUGAAAAUGUAAAUCAAUAGGAACAAGUACGAUUGUUCUUCACUUGUGGGAAAUAUGUGGAUGUAUUUUGGUGAUCACAUGAUUUUUUACAACUGAACCAAGUUCUAUGCAUUUAUAGGUAUAUCAGAGUACAUAGUUUUUUUGUUGAUAUUUUUCAAAUAGACUGUAAUCUAAAAUUGAUACCAGAUAUUUAUAUGUGUGAAAAGAGUGUUUGUUACUAGCAUUGAUGAGAUGUGUAUUUAUGUUAAUUUAUUUAUUUCUGAAUUUUUCUGAAUUUCAAUUCCAUUGAAUAUAUAUACGGGUAAAUUCCUUGAAUACUUUUUCCAAAGAUUAUAAAUUGUGAAUUGGUCAUUUUCAUUUUUGUUAUGAACUACACAGUAAUUAUUCUCUUCAAAUAUUUAUGUAAAUUAGAGAUAUUAUAGAUUUAAUGUUUUGUACUUCUUGUACAAAUUACUGUUUUUUUCCAAUACAAAAACUUCUUAUUAUAUGAAUUUGUUUCUGAAAUUGAUUUGGAGUAUUUAUUACCUACGCAAGACAUUUCAAAUGUGAAUAGACACAUUUUGCACUUAAUUAUGGAUCUCAAACUGGAGAGAGCAACAUCAUUUCAUUGCUCUUCCAGGUCCUUCCCACAGACCCUUAUACUAAAUUACAGGGUAAUAUUUUUUGUACAUGUAUUUUGUAAUAUUGACCAGGCUUCUCAAGGAAAUGCAUCAGACAGCGCUCAGACCACACUGCACUUGUCUUUGACUUUUGCAUAAUGAUGGGGUUAAUUCUAAGGGGUACUUCAUAUUUUCAAGAUAUUUCUUGUUGAGAAGCCAUUAAUCAUUAUACAGAUUUCAUUGAGUGAAAUGAUCAUCUUUGUUAUUUUAACAUACAUGUGGAAACGUCAGAUGUGAUCUUCCUUUUCAUCUACCCAAUUGGUUCAAUAACUAGUCAUGAUAAUUAGUACAUUUUACGCCAUAAGAAAAUUGAAAUAGCACUAGCAGACAGGUAAACAGUUGGAAGUAUUGCAAGGUUAUUUCUGCUAAGAGUUGAAAACCUGUUUUGUAUUUUUAUCAGAUAAUGUGAUGUUCUUAGUUCAGCUAAUUUUCCUGAUAUAUGCCUUAUGCCAUGUUCAGCCCCCCCCCCCUCUUUGUUUUCUUAAUAAUCUUCCUUAUUUAACAAUUAUAUUCUAUUAAUUUGUGGCUAAGAAUUGUGCUAUUGUGUACAUAAAAGCGACAUAAUUUUUGUUCAAAAUAAACCUGCAAUGUCAAGUGAAUUAUUGUAAAAAAAUAUAUACAGCCGAAGAGAAAUAUAUUUAUUUGAAAUAUGGUAUUGACUAUUGACAUAUAUUAUUCAUUUGAAAUAUGGUAUUGAAAUACAUUAUGUUCAUGUCCAAAAGAGACACUGAUACUGGCAUAAUAUAUAUUAUCUUUUAUAAGUUGAAAAGAAAACUGAAAAUAUAAUAAAAUGUUUUGACAAAACACAAAAAGACACGUAUGUGUGUUUUCAAUGUUUAUUUUCUCACAUCUUCAUUAUUGAAACUAUGAUUAAACAGAUGAACAACAAUAAAUUCUCACAUGAACCCCUUUUGUGUUAUGCUCUAAAGAAAUCCAGUAUUUGAAUCGAAAGUAAUGUUUUAAAAUGUGACCCAUACAGUAGACGAUCCAAUCCAAAGGUCAUUUGAUAAUGAUAUACGCCUUUUCCUUUCGUUGACAAAGCGCUGCGCACACACUACUCCAAGAAACUUUAUACUAUAUGCAGUAGAACACAUCAAGUGAAAAAUUACAUGGGGAGAUUGAGGCAAUUUGCACCAGAUUAGCUGAAAAGACCCCUGGAUAAUGUUAAUUCACUGCAAUGAAUGUUAGGUCUUAUCCAAUCUUGCAAACUUAAGCCGCAGGGUGUGAAAAAUAGCCCCCCCAAAAUGAAAAUAAUUUUUUUGCUUGGAAAACACAUGAACAUAAAUUGAAAGUACAAGAGUUCCAAACACAAAUACACAUUUAAAUGCAAUUGUUCUAAAAAUACAUAGAAAGAAAUGAAUCCUUAUUAUUCAUCAACCCAUAUGAGAUGAUUCCCCCAGGUAGGCAUGUCAUAAAGCUAUCAAACAGAUAUUUACAAAAAAGUAACAAAAUAGCUGGUUUCUCAAUCAUGUUUUGUUGAUUUAGUGGAUUUUUUAUGCAAUCAUUGACUAGAAGUAAAACUGGGUUUUCCAUUUUUCAAUUGUUAUAUUAUACCGCUUUCAGUAACUCAUGAUUUUUUGGUCCGCACCAGGCCCGUGCUAAAAUAGUCCGCACCAAGCGAAAAACAUUGCUUUCAGUAACUAUAGCAGAGCCGCGCCACUUUUACGAUCACCCAUUCAAAAACUCGGGCAUGUAAGGGCAAACUGUCAUGGUAACUGAACACGCCAUAUAGAGAGCGUAAGUGCUCCGUCUUCGCUGAAUAUUCGCGCGGUAAAUUUGAUGCGGAGGCACAGCCAGAAUUGUGUGACCUUUGACCGUGCGAGGAAUUUUGGCCGGGGCCUGGUGCUGCUAUCGUUCAUAAACUC